UUCCCUGCCACUGUGAUGUAUUUCCUCCCAGACAAAGGAACUGGCACAAACUCUACCCUGAUCUAAUUCCACUGAUGUCAGCAGAGUUCCACCAGGGAUGAGUGUGGCCCAGUUCUAAAGUGGCGAUGGUGGAAUAGUGCAUAGUAGAGGAGCCGCAUUGCUGGCUCCUCUGUAGAACAGCCAAUUAGAUGCUCAUUUCCUGGCUGAGUUACAGCAUAGCUCUGUAUAGUAGUUUCCCUUCUCAUUGCCGCCCUCAGCCAAUUGCAUCUUAAAUCAAUACUAGAGGCUCACAGGGUGUGAGCUGUGGAAGAAGCCUGUCGCAUAUGUGAAUGCUUUGUGUGCAGCCACCAGACCAACCUCAGGCUCCGGCCGAGACAAAGAGAGCGAGAGAACUGGUUUAGUCAGAGCAUGCAACUAGCUGAACUGGGUCUGCCCUAAGACCAGUGGCAGCAACCCAGGAGAAGAAUGAAAGCAGCCUGAUAGCUCCGAGCCAGGCAGACCCUUACAGUCUGUCAUGCUGGCCCAGAUACCCUGGGUUUGCUUUUCUCUCUAAUGAGGUCUCUACAGGGCUGCAGAAGACAAGACAUCAUACUGGGGAUUGUGACCCUCUGCCUGACUGCUGGGUGGGCUCUGCAGACACAACAAGGAGUGUCUUUACUUGUCCCACAACCCAAUAUAAACGCCUCAGUGACACAAAAUAUUCUCCUCUCUGUUGAAUAUUCUUGCAAAGGGAUAGCCACCGUUGAGUGGAAGCAUGUGUCCAGCUGGGGCACCAACAAAAUUGUGGAGUGGAAACCAGGGAGUUAUACUAACAUAUCCAGAAGUUACAAAGAGCGAGUGAAUACUUAUGAAAACGGCUCUAUACAGCUUCUGAAUGUAGGCGUGAGAGACGCUGGUUAUUAUGUUGUCACCAUAACGGAAGACUUGGGAACCAAUGUCUACGGCACCAUUAUAUUAAGUGUUUAUGAGAUUAUCUAUGAAGACUUACAUUUUGUAGCUGUCUUCUUUGCAUUUCUCACUGCUGUGUCUGCAGUUUUAGUGUGCUUCAUGUGGUUCUGUAAUAAAUCUGUGCAUCUAUUCCAGAAUAAGAGACACAAGCUUACAGCAAGAACAGCUGAGGAGAUUGAAUUGCAAACCAUUGAGUGUUAGCCAAAAACUGUUUAAUACCAAAUAACAUUUCUACCUCAAGAGAAAAUAAUGGUAAAGGCAAGGGAGGGAACCAACAAAAGGUAAAGUUUUUAUACAAUCUUUUUUAACAUGACUGAAAGAGAAACUUUCUGACUUUCCAAUAAGACAAACGUCAACUGAAGAGGGAAUCAGAACAGUCCCUAUGAAGGCUCCUGGAAGUCUGAAGAUUUCAGUUCUAACAUUUACGCUGGACAAGGUCAAAGUGUACAGAAUGCUUACUAUGUUAAGCAUGAGGACUAUUUAUAGGCUCUAUAAUAAGAUCGAUAGCCUGCAUCACUGUCUUUCAAAAAAGAACCAAACCAGCCAUAUUAUUUUGGCUACAUAAUUAUGGUUAAUACAAAGAGGACAUGAUCAGGGUCUUAACAGACACUUCUGUUUUGCUAACGAGGACCCAUCUAGUGCAAGUUUCCCAUCAAAAAAAGGCAGCAGACCAGACAGCAACGUUGUUCAAUUAUACAUUACUGUAUUUAUUAUUCAUUUUUUAAAUAUAAAGGACAAUAUACCAUAAUACUGCACGUUAUACUGCUAUCUUCAGAAAAAAAAUUGCUGAAGCUUCUGAAGAUUAUUAUACUUCAUCAUGAGACAGAAAAGUGAAUGGGAGACAAUGACCAGGAGGUUGAAAUUCACUCCGGGUCUUUGAUUGUUUACAUUGUUCCAUGAUAUUAAUGUAACUUAACAUUUUUACUGUAAGUUAAACAAUGAACAAUGCAAAGGUACAGAAGAUGACAGUCAAUCAAUAGACUGUGUUUAGAACAGUCAGAAAAUGUAAAGAUUCUGGGGGGGUGUGGGGGGGUUAUCGAAAAGUGACCUAGACCUUAAUUAAAUGAAUUAACGAAUUCUGGUCUGUAUCUGCGUGCUGCACUUAAGGUUACUUUCAGUCCUCUGGGUGGAAUAAUGUUGGCUUUUUGAAACAGAAAGCAUUACAGUUUGUUUAUUUAACAAAGUUUAAAAGCAUUAAGCUCUAAAUUAUCUGUUUUUUGUAAAAAGAGAAGAAUACUAUGAAAUAAACCUUGAAAUAUAGACACACUGGAUCAAUUUGUAUCUGAAGUGACAUCUAUAAUCUUAAAUACUUUUCUGAUCCUUAUUAUCAUAGGAACAAAGCGCCGCAUGUUCUUUAAUGUAUUUAUCCGCACAACACUCCUGUGAGGUUGGGAAGCGCUAUCACUGCCAUUUUAUGGAUUGAAAAAUCAGUGGAAAAAAGGCGCUUUUGAAAAUCCCAGGGGGCACCGAUCAGUUUCGAAAAUCACCUAUAUACCUUUAUAAAUCAGGCCUUAAGUAACUUGCCCAAGAUCACAUAGGAGGGUUGUGGUAGAAAAAGGAUUUUAGCCCAGCAUUUGAAAGAACUAGAUUCAUGUUCUAACCACUAUACAAUCUUUUCUUUUAUGUUUGCUUUUAUCUUAAUAUAACUCCCAAAAGAAUGUUAUAAGUUUCAGGGGAGUGGCUGUGGUCUGCAGAAAUAGUACCUGAAACAUGUGAAAGAAUGCAUUCAAAAAUGUAGCCUGCUAAGCAACUUAGAAAGCAAAAGUCAUUUUGUAACAUUAUAUAGUCCUGUCACCUAGGUUCCCAAUUUUCCCAACCAGAUGGACUGGACACUAUUGCCAAACUGUUUGGUCAGGAAAGUUGGCAACGCUACACUCUCUAAAUCCAGACUUGUCCUUAUGCUGUGUGGCAGACCUUCAAGCAGCCCCCUAGUGUAAUAGAAAGAUUGCAGAAGAUUCAGGAAGUGGGAAUUUUCUCUCUCAGUGUUGAAUCAACAUGCCAGCAUAGUUCUCCUCCCCACUUCAUGCUACUUGACAUGCCAAUUUUGAGAUGAACUUUAAGUCUACCCACAUGCAGCCAUGAAAAAUUGCAUGGCAUUUUCUGUUACCACAGGAAAGGGAGAGGGUAGCUUCACUGUUCUAAUCACAUGCUAAUUCAGAUACGGUUAAUUGCAUUUUAACUGCUGCCUGAAGUUUCAACUGGACUUAGUAUUCAUCACUUGCUGUUGUGCUUCACUGCAUUUCACUAAUGAAUAAUGUGAUUCCUAAUUUUCCUGAGAGCAGUAAUGUCGCACCUUAUUAUCUAUAAAGCAAGAGCCACAGAAGACAAUCACUACUGAAGCUUUCACUAUUUGUUACUUUAAGGACCUAUUUCACAAAUAUAUUCGCAUAAUCCAUACGGGGAAAAAAUCACAAGCUCAACAAAAUACAAAAUGUACAUGCAUGAUAUAACUGCUCUACAUUUCCGUGUUGAUGACAUUCCCAAGGCCCCUUCUAAGUAGAGAAGACCAAACCAGGAAUAGUUAGAAACUGGACUGCAAAUUGUAACCAACAAGAAAGUAACGGUGCCAUAAAAGGAAAAUACAGAUAAACUUGAUUCAACUACCUGUGUAUGGCAGAUUAUAUUGCAUUAAUUUCUUCACUGACAACCACUGAGUACAUGCCAUCUCCAGGGGGCAUCAUUUCCCUUAUCUGCUACAGGAAAGUGUAUGAAUGUGGACAUGCACUUAUUACAUCAGAGAUCUCCUGAAAAUGAGAAACAUGCCAGAAAUUUAUUCUUUCAGACAAUAUCAUACAUUGGGAAACUCUGUAACUCAGAGGCCACAAAUGGCCCAAAAAAGAAUUGAAUUUUGGUAUGUUUGUAUAGCAUCCUUCCUCAAAAAGUGCUUUACAGUGACUAUGUAUACAUACAGUAUAAUAUUGAUACUGUUACAGGGCACAGAACAAGCUACAGUUUUUGUUGUGCAAACAUUUUGAUUAUUUUUGUGGCUUUAUCCUUAAUGAUUUAAGCCGGGGUUCUCAAACUUUGUCAUACCGUGACCCCGCUCUAAGUUGCUGCAACCUCACUCUAAGUUGCUUGCAAUCCCCCAGAGGGGUCAAGACCCACAGUUUGAGAAAUGCGGAUUUAAGCCUUUAAUGUGAAACUGACCACUUCAGGAUCGAAGUGCGUAUAGUACUGAUGCUGGACAUGAGCAAACAAAACUUAAGGGACUUGCAUUAGGAUACAGGAAAUACCAAAAUAUCAUCUCAUUGACUGAUACUUGCUCCCUAAACAAUUUCAAGAAAUAUUCAACAAAUGAAUAUAUGUACAGUAAUGCACUAUCAAAGGCUAUUUAGCAUCUGUAUCUUUGAGUUACUUCCUCUUAGCAUUUUUUAGUAUUGUAUUUAAAUAGGACAAUCUGAAGAUUUAAAAUGCAUUAUAACAGCAUGAAAAUGUCUCACUAUUUAUGAUAGUUACUUUUUGCAUUUCUUUCAGUUUGAUUAAUGAAAUAUUGAUUUCAUGUCUCUCUCCUCAACUAUUCAAUUUUGCUUACAGGUGCUAGCCGUCCACUUCCAGAUACUAAUGCAUUAGCUGGAUAUUGCAACAGGCGAGUUCCAAACAGCAGAGGAAUAUUUAAAAAAUAGUUGCAGUAGUUUAUAAAGACAGUAGCAUAUUUACUGUUACCUUACAAGAAAUCUACAUUUUAAUCCAAAUUUAACCUGUAUCUUCCUUUAUGGAGAGACUCUUUUGUUUUAUAAAUCUUUUUUUCCCCACAUGUACCAUCAUUGCAAGUAAGGUUUAGCAAAGCUAAACCACCUGGAAUUACAUCUCACAUGCUACUGGUGAAAUAAUUGAGAUAUUUAUAGCUUUUUGUUUCAAUAGUUGGGAGCAAUGUUUCCUCUAAUCUUUUCCAUCCAGGUGUGGAUUUUUUUUCAUCCAUGCACAUAAUAAAAUUUUUGUGUGUACUGAGGUCUGUGCACCAUUCGUAGAAACAAAAACCUAGAUGUGGGCACUCUGCUAAUCAACUGGGUCACAUUUACAUCUCUCCAGAGUGGCCGCACAAGCACACAGCUUGUAGGGAGUACUGGCGAGGGGUGGGCGGGUGAUUUCAGUUGAUAUAUACUAACAUGGCUACCCCAGCACAUUAGCUGCAAGAUUUACUUAGAAUAUUUCAACCUAUGUCUAAGCAAUUACGAAACCUUCCAUUAAAAUGUCCAUUUCUAGUAGACUGCUUUGAAAAAUCUCAACCUUAAUGACUGAAUUGCCUAUCACUGUGCGGUUAGCUAUUAGAAGGAAAGACUACCAAAAUUUUCAUAUUUGGGUGUCUGAAAUUAGGUACUUAGCACUGUGAUGGGUUUAGUCACAGAGAUCUCCUGAGACAGUCACUUCAUGGACUGAUCAUGCCACUGAGCCUGCCUACCUGCCCUCUGAAGUGCCCCACACCCUGUCCUGCUGAGCCAAAACCUCAGGCCUCCUACAGCAAAGACACAGAGGUAAGGGCACAGCCCACAGCAGAGUGACACGGACUAAGGGCAGUUCAACUCUGGAAUGGCUCAGCCACAGGAACUUAACACAGCACGCAGGUGCACAGCCCCAGUGGAACCAGAAUCCCAUCUAAAUCUAUCUUACUCAGCAUAAAAGUUUUAUAGAGAGCAUGCUCAUGAGUUGUUUGUUCACUCUUUUUACUAAGGAAAGAGAUGCACAGCUAUUGUCUCUGCCAACUGCAGUUAUUUACUUCAAGUUAGUAAACAAAAGUGAUUUUAUUAGAUACGAAAAGUAAAAUUUAAGUGGUUGCAAGUGAUAAAUUACUAAGCAAAAUAAAAACAACACACACUAGGUGAGCUUAAUACAUUAAGAAACUUGUUACAUGCAAUAUCUCACCCUAAUAGUAGUUCUAAUUAAUCUUUUCUCACAAGCUAAGCAGCUUCUAGCUUGGGCACAAUCCUACUCCCUCUUGUUUUUAAUGUUCCCAGUAGUGAUCUGGGUGGUAAGCCAAGAGUGUCUUGGACUACGUCUAGAUUGGCGUGAUUUUCCACAAUGCUUUUAAUGGAAAAGUUUUUCCGU